CAUGACAUCUCUGGCUAAGCCGCAAAGGUUUAUGAACGGAGCUCUGUGCACCACUGGAGACUCGCAUGAAAGAGAACGGAUCCAGUAACCCACUGCAAUAUAAUGAUUUCAAAACAGAAACUGCUUUGAGGCAAGAUGGCUGAUCUUUGUCAGGAAGCCAUGGAUCAUGCUGUGGCCCUGGCCAAGAAGGCAGGAGAGAUUGUUAGGGAUGCUCUGCAGAAUGAAAUGAAGAUCAUGUGCAAAAGCUCCUCCGUGGACUUGGUCACCAAGACUGACCAGAAGGUGGAGCAACUCAUCAUAGACUCAGUGAAGGAGAAGUUCCCUAAUCACGGUUUCAUCGGGGAGGAGUCAGUAGCUGCAGGUCAGCCGUGCCUCCUGACUGACGACCCGACCUGGAUUGUGGACCCGGUGGACGGAACCACGAACUUUGUGCAUGGGUACCCUUUCGUUGCCGUUUGCAUUGGCUUUGCUGUCAAUAAGAUGUUAGAGUUCGGAGUAGUGUAUAGCUGUAUAGAGGAUAAGAUGUACACAGCGCGCAGAGGGAAGGGAGCCUUCUGCAAUGGAGACCCUCUCCAGGUGUCUGACCAGAAAGAGAUCAAUCAGUCCAUCAUUGCCACAGAGUUUGGCUCAAGCAGAGAUCCCGAAGUGGUUGACAAGAUAUUCUCCAACAUGAGGAAGAUUUUGUGUCUGCCAGUGCACGGGAUACGUGGGUCGGGCUCGGCUGCUGUCAACAUGUGUUUGGUGGCCGCUGGCUGCGUGGAAGCGUACUACGAGGUCGGCAUCCACUGUUGGGACGUAGCGGCAGCUGCUGUCAUAGUGGCAGAGGCUGGAGGCGUGCUCGUGGACUUGGAGGAUGGACCGUUGGAUCUAAUGUCUAGAAGAAUCCUUGCAGCCAAUAACGAGACGAUCGCAGCGAGGAUCAGGAGAGAGAUCGAGGUUUACCCUCUUGUCAGGGAUGAUACUCCUAUAGAGACUAAACAAUAAAUGUGCUAGUAUUAUUAAACUAAUUCUCUGGUCUAUUCUCAGUUUAUUUUGAACUUUAUAAAAAAAAUCCCAAACGUUUGUAUUUUUAUUUUGUCAAAGCAAUUUGUCUUUAAAAGUUAAAACUAUGACUGUGUUGUUUUUUCUUUUUUUAGUUUAAGGUUCAACAUGUGGGCAGUUGAGGUUUUUUAAUCUUAAUUUUGGGAACUCAAAUAAAGGCACGGUACAAAAAAAAUAAAACA